CAGGGUGCCAAUCAAUGCCCGUCCGCCGCCCUUCUCGCCUAACGGAAGGGCUGCGCCUACCAGGUUAGACCGUUCGAGUCAUCCUUUCCCCAUCCCACUUCCCACCAAAUGCUCACCGGACAAUUGGUGGUACUACCUUAUCCCUACGAGUCCUUACCCUUUUCUGCCCUAUCCCACCUUUCAUUCAUCGUCGUUGCCCUUCCUAAAAGAAUCCCAUCCCUCCCGCCUGAGGCACUUGACUCAACUUACUUCUCUACAUCCUCAAUCUCUUUUCCAUCGUGAGCCAUUUCGACUCAUCCUCCCUCCGGAAAGCGAUUGUUGCUGACAAAAGCUUGCGAUCGAUUGACUAUACGGCUGCCCUACGCCUACUCUUUCGCGCCCUUUCGCAACCUCUUCGACUUCAUCCAUUACAUUCCAUCACCAUCAUCCUACUGAUCACAAUAUCCAAGCUGAAUGCGAAUAGUCGCUCAUGGCAGGCUUCGGAUACAACACUAACUCCAACUCCAACAACCCCAUCGCCAUGAACUUCGGAUCCGGUGACAUGAACAUGGCUUUCGGUUUCGAGCAGGCGGCCGAUCCAUCCUUCGCCAAGGUCGCUGAGGGUAACACCUCUGCCGACUUCCUCUUCGCUGACGACGAAGGCAUCGAUACCACUACUAGCAGUUUCCUCGAUCCACUAUUCUCCAUGUCUACUGCCGACACAAGCUUUUCCAUGCCCCAGAACCUCGCCUUGGAUAACACCUUGGGAUCUUCUGCAACAUGGAACAACCAGCUCGUCUCCGGCAUGGACAGCUUCCCUAUGACACCUGUUCAGUCAUUUGGAUCAAUAAACCAAUUCCAAUCCGUCAACGAGAUGGGUAAGCGCCCACUUGAACUUGACGUCAACGACUUCCCACAGUCGAAGAGGCACGAGAGCCAUGCCUCUGCUUCCUUCUCCCCUUUCAUCCCUUCAUCAUCAGCAUCCAUGGCAGGCUCCAGUUGGAUCGAGACACAAGCUACCCCGGCGAGCUCUGUCGAUGUGACCGGUCUGAGUGAUGAGGCUGCCGACGUGUGCGCUCUGUGGUUCAGCAAGUACGCUGUCUUGCCAAGUGACCGACACAUCGACUCAUUGAGCCAGCUCACAGGGGAACCCGCUUCAGCCAUCCGACAGUGGUUCGGUCGGUUACUAAAGCAGGGCAUGGCUGGCCAUGCCGACUCAGCCUACAGGUCACAAACAAGCUUCACACAGCAGGAGCAACCCUUCAGGAAUUCCACUCAGAGCUACACAGUGCCAGAAGCUCCAUCUAACCAGGAGUCAAAUACGACCACAGCCAGCCCACCAACGGCACGAGGGGGCAAGAAAGGAUGCACACCCACUCAGGAUGCAGACUUGUUGCGGCACGACCCAAUUAAAAUCUACCAGUGCACGAGGAAGUGUGGGAAGCGAUACACAAGAAAGUGUGACUGGAAGAGAAAUGAGGAGGAGUGGUACCCUUCGAAAUCUUGGCUAUGUAGCCUGUGUGUCAGCCAGGGUACCAAUGACAAGUUGAAGCCCUGCUUCAGGCGAUACCACUUCUCUCAGCACUUCCGAAACCUCCAUCCCAAUCUAGAUAGCAAUGACUAUGAGGCCUCCAGCUUAGUGCUCUCUGACACAGAGUUCCCACGACGAUGCGGAUUUUGUCCCCACCGCUUCGCCUCGAGACAGGAUCGCAUCGAUCACAUCGCAGAUCAUUUCAAGAAAGGAAAGGGCAUGAUUGACUGGGUCGACUACGAAGAAGACAACAGCCCCGAUAACACAGACGAUGAUGACGAUGACGACAAGCCCGACAACAACAAUAAGAACAACCAUUCCAGCGACAGCAACGGCUCCAAUGGAUCACGAUCUGGAUCACAAGGCCGAGGCUCGAAGCAGGGCGACAACAACGACGGCGGUUCCGGCAAUGGCCAGUCCUCUUUUAGCGGGUUCGGCCACUUCCAGCUAUCAACAUCACAAGACAACACCUGUUCAGUCCAGUCAACCAUCACGGAUUCUCUUCAACAGUUUAAUGGAAGCGACGUUGCCGGAAACCAUUCAUUAGGCUCUGGACCGUAUAGUGAAACUGCCGGCCGUCUUGCAACUGAAUCGUAUUCUACGCUUGCUCACAUAAGAAAGGCCCAGCAGGAUACACUCCCCGGGCGCAGUAGCACAACGCGCGAUGACGCAGCUACUGUGGCCGGAAAUGCUGUCACCGAUGUAAUCGGAAGGACACAUCCAAGCCAAGACCAAUUUUGCAUAACGGACUCCUACCUGGAUAGUACACAAGGGUUGACUCAAACACAUGCAGGUCAACACAGUCCAGAUCAACAAACCCGAUCUUCGGUCAAUCAAAGUUCAACCCUACAAGAGAUACCUCGGGGCGUUGAAGGGGUCUGUGAGAGAACAUCUCGCAAUGACAAUCUCCAGCAUGCGUUGGAGACAAAAGAACGGCCCCAAUUCCAGGCCAAGGUCUCAGAAGUCCAACUCCAGACCCAGAAGGAUUCUGUGGCCGUCGGCACUCUUCCGUCUCACUCCCCUACGCCACCACUGCCGCCACCGAUACCCGAUUACCCCAAGCGUGCGCCAGACCAAGACGACUCAGUCGUGAAGAAGACCUCCGAUCAGGCCGCAGCCGAUCUGCAAUGGCGCGAAAUCGGCUCGCUCUCUGUCGAUAACUUUGUUGACCACCAAUCCUUCCUCAGCGUGAAGCUGCUUGGUACGGGCGGGUUCAGUACGGUGGACGAAGUCAUCCAUCAAGAAACAAAACUCAGGAUGAGUCGCAAGACACUCAAGAAUCGUGAGCAAUCUGCCAUGGAUGAACUCAAGAACGAGGUGAACGUGCUCAAAAAGCUGCGUCACCCUCACAUUGUUCGCUUCCUCGGAGCUUACGCCAAGGGCGAUAAGGUAUCAAUACUCUGCUCACCUGUUGCUGAAACUACACUAGCUUUGUGGCUCAAGCAAAGUAUGCGCGAAAGACCUGUUGGCUUGCAAGACACGAUAUUCAAGAUGUUCGGAUGCCUUGCUUCAACACUGCGAUACCUUCAUGAGCAACGGCCUAUCAUCAACCAUCUUGAUAUCAAGCCGCAGAACAUUCUUGUCACGCUCGCUGAUGGUGAGGAACCACGGGUCAUAUUGAGUGACUUUGGUAUCAGCUCCUCGACGUCUUCGGCGUCACAAACCACCUCAAAGGCCCUUACACGCCAAUACUCUGCUCCUGAAGUCUUUUCUGGAAAGACACGCGAGAGCGCAACUGACAUCUGGAGUCUCGGCUGUGUCUUCAUAGAGAUGACCGCUGCUGCUUUAUGCACGAGCAACAGGCAAUGGCUUGAUCUUCUGGAGCAAUUCACUGGAAGCCAUGGUAAGCUCUACUGGCAAGAAGUUCCCCGCCUCCACCAGAGACUCUCAAGCUUGCUGGAGCAAACUGCCAGUCCAGUGGAAGCAAAUGCUGUCCGUACCAUCAAGACGAUGGUUGACCCCGAACCCUCUCAACGGCCCAGUGCAGCAAUGCUGACAAUGGUCUUCACUCCCGCUCUUUGCUGUCUUCAGUGGGCGAACGACGAAGCUAGCUUCCCUGGGCCUCAGCAAGAGUUGGCAUCUGUGGAAGCACUCGUCCAACAGGAUCAUUCCUCUCUCGCCCAACGUCACGUUUUCAGUUGUGGCUUUACCAGUUGUAAGCACAGAAGUAACGCACAGCAAGACGUCGACGCUCGUGUGAAGGGAUGGGUCGAAGAAUGUGUCCACGAUCACGAAGCCUGUGCAUGGAAUGAUGUCGAUGGAACUACACUUCCCACACGCCUUGUUGACAUCAAUGCUAAGCAGGCCGAUGGGCUUUCAUCAUUACGAGUGGUAAACAGUGCUGACAUUGCGUCCGGUUCUGAUCGAAUCGAUUACGUUGUUGUCAGUCACAUGUGGAGUCCAUCGGACCUCACACUGUCCAAGGACAACAUCCACCAAGCCCAGACGCAGCUCUCUGUUGAGAGCCUGUCCGAUGCACUCAAGGAGGCUGUUGCUACAGCCGAGCGGGUGGGCUACCGUUACAUAUGGGCCGACUCUCUCUGCAUUGUCCAAGAUUCAGAAGAAGAUAAACACCGCGAAUGUGCUGCCAUGGCUGCGACGUACCGGAAUGCAGCAUUGACGAUCGUCGUCGACGAUGUCAACGCUCAUACUGGACCCAAUCACAAGCGAUUGUCCACGGCCAACGUGGAUACUGCUGACUCCGACGACAUCGUCGAUUGGCAGAAACAAGGAUUUGCUUGGGAUACACGUGCCUGGUCGUUGCAAGAGCGCCUUCUUAGCCGCAGACUCCUUCGCCUUGCCGGUGAACAAGUUUACUGGGAGUGCAACAAUCUCAAGGCCAGUGAAACAUUCCCUCACGGUUUGCCGUCGCUUCUUUGGGAGAAAGCGCAUAUGAGAAUGGCAACAAUACCUGGAACGAAGACGAACAGCACGACAAAAACGACAAAGAUAUCUGGGUCAAGCACAACACCCCAACAAUGUCGUCUUCUGCGGGACUGCAUGUGGCUCAAGAAAGAAGGGAAUGACAUCGCUGAUGCCGUUGCAUCACAGAUUCCCAUUGCCCUUCAGGACAAACCCGUGCAGGACCAUACUAUUACGAUGUGUGCCGUUGCAGACACAUCUUCGUCAUUUCCGGAUGCUCACAUAUCUUCAUCAUUUCAGAAUUGUGAGCAUUUGGACAUGGUGACGUCUCGCAACGAGCCUCACCGUUCAUCGUACCAUCAGAGGAUGUCAAGAUCAACUACUACUUCAAACAUAGAUGCCACAGGCUCGGAAUUGAAUGUCGACAAGAGGGACGACCAUGUGCCAGUUGGCACCAACAACGGCGUGUUCCAAUAGCGACCGCAUUUGUAUCAUUGUCGUGGUCAUAGUAUCUACUGUAACUACGACAUCUGGGGAGAUUUAUUUUCAUUUGUAAAUUGCGUACAUAUCUCUACACUUGAUAGCUACAACGCGCUUUUCUAUCGUUCAUCAAACAUUGCUUGUGACUUUACAGUGCUACGCCGCGUCUCGAGGUUCACA